UUAGCAUCCCUUUUCUGUCCCCUGGGGCCAUCACAGGUGCCUAGCAGUGAGGAUCCCUGUGUUCUGCACCUUCCCCCUCCCUUCUGCCCCUGUCCUCUCUCUGGUCAUCGUCCGGUUGGGGGAAGGGCAGGGUAACAGGAGCCAGGGACUCCUGCCGUCCCCUACCUCCCUGGGCGGUGGAGCUGGGACUCUCGGGUCAGCAGGUGUGGGAGCAGGAAGGACAGGGCAGGGAGCAGCUGGCAGCGGGCAAAACCACCAAGUUACAGCGAGUCCUGGCCGGUGUGUGGAUAGCAGAAUGGCAGGGGCGAGUCCAGUGACAGACAGGUAUACAUGUUCUGCAGGGGUUCCGCCGGGAGCAGGUGUCCGAGGAGAGUGACAGAGACUCCAAGGUGAAAGAGCUUUCUUUCCUGAAUCUUGGCAAUGGUGUGCCUUGGAUGCAACAUCUAGAACUUUGGCAGCCAUCUUGUGACUGAGAGCAGUGAGCCUACAAGAGUGGACUGAUGGGUGGAUUCAGUUGGUAUAGCAUGCAACUCUUGAUCUCAGGGUCUUGAGUUCGAGCCUCAUGUUGGGUGUAGAGCUCACUUCAAAUCAACCAACCAACCAACCAACCAACCAACAAACAAACAGACUGAUAGGAAGAACCAAGGUCCUCCAUAACAUCUCUGAGUCACCAAACCAACCCAGCUUGGUUGGGGCCAUCUGCCUUUGGCCUUCCCCUUGUCUGAAAGCCAGGGCGGAGUCUGAGCUGGAGGCUCAAGGCAGAGAAGCAGACAACAUGGAGCAUUCUGGAUGUGCCUCUGGAGAGGGCCGUUUUGCCACCUCCACCCCAGUGCUGCCAUGGGGACAGGCAGCCGUGGGCCCAGGGCCUGAGGGAGGCUCAAUCUCACACAGAUCUGAGAGGCAGGCGGUCCACAGCUCUGAACCCACCCAGGAGGGCCAGGGCCCUGAGCUGCAGCUCGGAUGGAAGAAGAUGAGGAGAGGGGUGUGGCUGCUUCCGAGUCCAGUCAGCUCUGGGGAGUCUUCUGUUUGUCUGUGGUUCUCCUGCUGUCCUCCGGCUCCCGGGCUGCCCGUGUUCCAUCUGGCACCCAGAACCGGAGCUUACCCCCUGGGGCCAUCCCAGCACUCUGUCCUCUCUCUGCCACAUUCCACAGGUGGGCCUUACUUUCGGGGAGGCCUUCCUGGGCCGGGUGUGGCCCAGAUUAGACUCCUUGAAACCUAUGCGCUGUGCAUGGCACUGUGGUUGGGAAGGGUAGUCCUAGCUUCUAGAGAUGAAACAAUAUGAGGUCUGUGAUGUGGAUGAGAAUAAUCUGCAGGUGGGCACUGGGGAGAGCUGGUGAGGUGACAGAAAAUGAGAUUUGCUGUGAGCCCUGGGUGAUGGUCCAUGCGGGUUUACUGUGCAUAUCUCUCAGCUUUUGUAUAUGUUUGGAAUUUUCCAUAAAAUAUCUCUAAGCCAUGCUUGACCCUCAGAGCUGGGCAGGGCAUGGGGUGAGUGCCAAGUCUGUGGAGGGACGGAAUGAAGGGACCUCCUAGUUCUAUUUCAGAGUGUUAUUUGAUUUCAUUUCGACUGCAGGCCUGGGUGUGGAAUGAGAGUUUUUAAUGCCGCGUCCUGUUGAUGUGGAAGAUUAGGACUCCUGUCCAGUGGGUGUGUUUGGGGGGCAGUGCGGGUGGAAUGGGAGAGGAGGGAGGGUGGAGGAAGGGUCUGUCAGGCCAUGAUGAUGGGGCUGGAGUCCACCCCUUGGAGCUGCCCUAGAGGCGGGAGGGUCUGGAGGAAUGGAGGAGGACAUGUUGGCCUUCAGGGUUAUGAGGAUGGGACCUAGAAGCGCCCCCCGGGCAGAGAGAGUGAACAGAUGGUGACUCAGGGUCAGGAUCACAGAUGACUCCUGUGAUUUAAACUUGCCUACAGUAACCAAGAAACAGGCAGCCCCGGUCUCAGUAUCUCAGUACUUGAUGUCCCAUCCCCUAGGGUCCCCUGCAUUUACGCUUCAUGUGGAAGGGGUGCAGAUUUGAU